CAUGUGAUUGGCUGAUUAGUGGCUGAACGCUGCAUGUGAUGUCAUGUGAGGAGAACUGUCAGCCACAUUUAAUCAGAGAGAGAGAGGGUGUGUGUGUGUGUGUGUGUGUGUGUGUGUGUGUGUGUGUGUGUGUUGUCGUGGUGACAGAAGAACAUGAAGAACUUUAUUUAAACGAUGAGUUUGAAACAUUGCAGGAUCAUCAACCAAAAAUCAACCAAUGUCCUGGUCCCGGUCCCGGUCCCGGUCCUGGUCCUGCUCCCGGCCCCAGUCCUGCUUCUGGUCCUGCUCCUGGUCCUGGUCCUGGUCCUGGUCCCUGGCUCGGUGUUUAGAGUCUGGAGUUUAGACACAGAGACAGUCUGUGAUGUUGCAGCUCCUUCCCCCAAUGACAUCACAGCUGUGUCAGUAUAAAGGAGCAGCAGACAGCUGGUCUCUGACAGACAGACAGGCAUCAUGUGGUGUCGCGGCUUCCUGCAGCAGACGGUCAGGUCCAUGUCGAGCAGCAGACAGGCAGGCAUCCUCUUCGAUGUGGAUGGCGUCCUCAUUCGUGGCGGUUCGGUGAUUCCGGCAGCUCGUCGAGCGUUUCAGAAACUUCUGGACCGAAACAACAACUUCCUGUUUCCUGUCGUGUUCGUCACUAACGCAGGAAGCUGUCAGAGACAUCACAAGGCACAACAGCUGUCUCACCUGCUGGAGGUCCAGAUCGCCCCGGAGCAGGUCGUUCUUUCCCAUAGUCCUUUGCAGCUGUUGAAGACUUUCCAUGAUAAAUGCGUCCUGGUGUCUGGACAGGGACCAGUGACGGACAUCGCCAACACUCUGGGCUUCAGGAACGUCAUAAGUGUCGAGCAGCUCAGAGAACAUCACCCCCUGUUGGACAUGGUGGACCACAGCAGGAGACCGAGAUUACCUUCAUCUCUGGAGAUUCUCCCCAAAAUACAAGCCAUCAUCUUGUUCGGAGAGCCAGUCAGGUGGGAGACCAACCUGCAGCUGCUGAUUGAUGUGCUCCUGACCAAUGGGAGUCCUGGUAGUGUGUACGAUCCUCAGCUGACGGCUCAGCUCCCUGUGCUUGCCUGUAACAUGGACCUGAUGUGGAUGGCAGAGGCCCCGUCACCACGGUUUGGUCACGGGAUGUUCCUGCUGUGUCUGGAGUCGGUCUACAGGAAGCUGACAGGUCGAGAGCUCCAGUACCAGGCGUUGCUAGGAAAACCCAGUCUACUCACGUACCAGUACGCCGAGCACCUGCUGAGGCAGCAGAACCACGACCGCAAGCUAACCACCAUCUAUGCUGUGGGUGACAACCUAAUGACGGAUAUCUACGGUGCUAACCUGUACAACCAUUACCUGGCUCAACAACAGACUACCAUGACGACCACUAAGAAACUUGUUGCCCAGGGAACAGGGAGUCAUGUGACAAUGGCUAUGGUGGAGGAGGAGCUGGUGUCUACUGCUGCUCAGUGUCACUCCAUACUGGUGUGCACAGGUGUCUAUAACCCUCGCUCCCCGUUGCCAAGCGACCAGAGCAGUGCAGUCACAGAGAUGUUGUUCAACGGUCACAGAGACAUGGUCCUGGAGCCAAACCUGGUAGAGCCAGGUCACGUGGUGGAGGACGUGGAGGCCGCCGUUGACCUGCUGCUGCAGCAGGAGAGCUGAACCAUCAGAACCAGACUCACAGGAUCCAGAACACAGACAGGAUGAAAGUCUACUUCACGUGAACGGACACACAUGUACGAAUGGACAGACACGCCAAAAUGUGAACAAGCGCUGACAUCAUCGCACCACGACAAACUGAAAAUCUCUAAAAAUAAAAGUCAAUUAGGUAACAGAACAGCUGAUCGUCAUGCGUCAUCAUGAACACGUUUAUUUCAGUUUGUUUGUUUUUAUUUGUUGCUGAAAUCGUUUCAAUGUUUACAUAACUCCAUGUGUCAGCUGAUGUUAACAGAUUAGCUUUGUUGUCUUUAACUCUUGAACCUUCUAUGGCCCUUUAUUAAGUAAUAAUAAUGAUUGUCAGGUCUCAUUAAUAUUCAUUGGUGCUCUGAUUAUUGAAUCUGUCACAUCAGUUUGACUUCAGGUUCAAAAACAGCUGAAGAAGAAAAACAACAAAAUGUCUUAAAAAAAAUCAAUAAAGAA